AUGGAUAGGGGAUUCGAAUCCCAACGCGGGAGAUGGUCAGUCGUUAGCCGGCUGCUUCACUCAUCAUAUUGGCCCACCAUACUUGAUUCAGAUACCGCCGCCAGCACAGGCGUCAGCAAGAGAAUCCUCACCUAUUCCUGGCUUCAGUUGAUCGCAGCUGUCCUAGUAUCAAUUACCGGUAUCGUCACCCCUCUUGGCCUCUACGACACGAUCGGUCCCCAAGACAACCCCACAGAUGUUCUCUUUCACUACGCACCCGAUACAUCAGCAUUUGGAAAGGCAACCCCUAGUAGGGAUGGAUAUAAAUCACUUCGGAUAUGCUAUGCCGAUGAGGAUCCCGAUACCCCAGAAGGCUGCCCCGGCGCACCGCCGAAUCGCGCCGACAUGGAAGACAUCACUGAAGCGUAUUCCGUUUGGCCUAGCAGUGUCAGCUUAUUUACGAGCGGAAACGUGUCAGCGACAGUCUCCAGUGUGUUUGAUGUCCAGUGGCGGUCGUUCCGUUCAUCAACGCAGAUAGUACCAGGCGCUAGCGCUACAGGGAGUGUAUUUUCUCAGGGCUAUUAUCGACAGAUCUCUCAACUAAUUUUGGAUGAAGACCUGUUGGCUGUCGAGGGUUUGAUUGUGGAUAGCAAGGCUGGACGUAUUGGUUUCCGUAACCAUACUAUCCCUUCGACUUUGCCAAUGGGAGCUGAGUGGACAGAGGAUAUCCUAUUCAUCGAACCUGAAACUCGCUGUGUCGACACAAAUUUGACAGUGGAUUACAACUACGAUCCCCAGGCACAAUAUAGCAGCUACAGUACCGACGACAUCUAUAACACCGAUCUUCGGAAUCUGGCUCUAGUUGAUCGCGGUGGCUUCGUUAAUCUAUCCCAUGAAAGGUACAGUAUCGAUGCUAGCAAUUUUCAGGAGGAUGCUGCACUGUACGAGCGUGCCUACAACGCUGCAUGGAGACACAACAUGCUCAUAAUGCAGUACUUCAACGUGACAACUAACGGUUCAGACGGAAGGGCACCAUUCGCAUAUAUGCACUCAGAAAUGGGAAAGAGGUUCAGUCUGGCAAACAUGUCUAGUAUAAUCGUCGAGCCGAUGACUGUCCAAACAGACUCCGGGUACGGUAGUUUCCUCGACGUCCCAGACGGCUUUACCUUGUCAGGAAACUUCUCGAGUGGACAGCCCGAGAACCCGUUGAACCUCAGCACAUAUGACGUCUACGCCAUCGGCAGUGAAGCCUGUCACUACCCCUCCGAUAAGGCUCUCUCGAACAUGUCAUUCGUCGGUGUGGCCUGUGGUACUGUGUUUGCCGCUCCUCGUAGACUCGACGGUGAUUCGCUCAUUCCAGACACAAAUAGCACCUGGAGCACCCCGCUAUACUCCUGCGCGGCGGCAACUAAGGCAGCUGUUCGAGAGGUCACUUUCCGGUUCAACGGUACCGGAGGGCUAGACAAGUUAGUCAUCCAGAGCAUCAACGAAAAGAAGUACAAAGACCCUUCCGAGCUUCCACUCUGGGGUGUCGAACGACUGAAGAACCACACACUACAAAACGUAAGACCCUUAUGGGGUCUUGUCUCACCAGAAGUCGGCGCUCGCGACGACAUCUCCACAGUACAACGAGACUACCUGUGGCUACCCGGCUACGCAGACCUCCUCACAUCUGACACCAUAGCCGGCGAGCCAAGCAUGCCCGGAAACCUGUUCUACACACAGAGACUCCUCUCACUAUUCGACAUUGCAACCCUCAACCAAGCCACCUCUCGAUACACAGGAUCCGGCGACCUGGCUUUAUACAACCGCUGGUUCGAACUAUCCUCCUCCGCCAGCGGCGUCGAGAAAAUGCUCGGGCUGAUAUGGACCGACAUGACCGCCAAUACCGUUGUCGGGACACGUGGCUGGCAUAAUGCUCCAAGCCAAACCUCCAAGAAUAGUAAGAGGAUGUCAAAGCGAGAUGUGGGAGGGGUAAGCGUGCCGGUAACACUGUGGUCGCGGAACAUCAAAUAUCACAUUCCUUACGCGAUCCCGGCGUUUAUAGUGCUGGCUCUUUCCAUUGCGCUUGCGGGUUUUACCAUCUGCCUUCUUAUUCUACGGCGUACCGGGCUAGGACAGAUGCGGUCUUACCUUGCUCGUACCUCGCCUGGUAGGAUACUUGGAAGUGCGCUGCAUCCAGAUCAGGCGGGUGUUCUUGCUUCCACAAAGACCUGGAUUCAGCAGGUGGGUGUGCGGAAGGCCACUCUGCCGGGGCAGAAGGAGGAUGGUACGAUUCCGUUGUUGGAUAUACCUGCUGCUGGCGAAGAAGGGGUUCGAGAUCGGAAGUAA